UCAAGAGGGCGCAGUAAUGCAUGCUGGAUUCUGCUGAUGCCGGUGUGAUUCCUUGCACAAGUUGCAUCAUUCAGGCCUGUUUUAGAUUUUAACCAUGGCAGAUGCUGAGAAAAAAGCUGUUGUCGAAGAGAUUAAGAAACAAGGAGAAAUCGUGAGAAAAUUAAAGGCAGAAAAAGCAGAUAAGGAAAAGGCCUAACUCAACAGUUUUCUUUCAUCUCUCUGCCCAAACGGAUCUUCUUCGGACUCUACCGCAUCAUUGGCAUCGAUUUCUCCAACAUCCUCCACCCAAAAUCUGUGUGCUCACUUCAUUGGAACUGUCUCGCUGCUCCUGCUGGACCGUCCUGGCUAUGGCGCUGACGUGGACCAAACUUGUGUUUUUGCGUCGACUUGGUUGCCGCUGGUCUCCCUUAUCUGUGGCUGCGCAACACCUGUGCAAUGAUGCUAACAUUCAGAUUGCGGAAGAGGUUGCCAAGCUUCUAGAGCUGAAAGCCCAAAUCGGAGAUGUUGGCACAAAUCAAAAAUUUAUCCUCAAAACCCCAAAGGGGACCAGGGACUACAACCCCAAGCAGAUGGCUAUACGUGAGGGCGUCUUCAAGACCAUUGUAGACAGCUUCAAGCGUCACGGGGCAGAGACACUGGACACGCCCGUCUUUGAGCUGAAGGAGACCCUGACGGGCAAGUAUGGGGAGGACUCCAAGCUGAUCUAUGACCUCAAGGACCAAGGAGGGGAGCUGCUGUCGCUGAGAUACGACUUGACUGUACCCUUUGCACGCUACCUGGCGAUGAAUAAAAUCAACAGGAUUAAGCGUUACCAUAUCGCUAAGGUAUAUCGCCGUGACAACCCUGCCAUGACACGCGGAAGGUACAGAGAAUUCUACCAAUGUGAUUUUGAUAUAGCUGGGCAGUAUGACCCGAUGAUACCUGACGCAGAAUGCGUCAAAAUCGUCCACGAGAUUCUCACCAACCUGGGCUUGGGAGACUUUGUCAUCAAGGUGAAUCACAGAGAGAUUCUGGAUGGAAUGUUUGAGGUCUGCGGGGUGCCUGCCGACAAGUUCCGCACUAUCUGCUCAUCUGUUGACAAACUAGACAAGACAUUCUGGGAAGACGUCCGGGAAGAAAUGAUAGAGGAGAAAGGACUGGACCCGGCAACGGCAGACAAUAUCGGUCAGUACGUCAAGAUGAACGGUGGCUUGGAGUUAGUAGAGCAGCUGCUUCAGGACCCGCUACUGCCCACGAGCAAGGCCGCUAAGCAGGGACUAGAAGGCAUGCGAACCCUGCUGAAAUACUGCCAGAUCUUUGGAGUCCUGGACAAGGUUUCCUUUGACCUCAGCCUAGCCAGAGGGUUGGACUACUAUACAGGUGUCAUCUAUGAAGCUGUGCUUAAAGGUUCUGAGAUGCUACCAACCAAGACUGGAGAGCAGGUGGGGGUGGGGUCAGUGGCAGGAGGAGGGCGCUACGAUGGCCUGGUCGGCAUGUUUGAUCCUAAGGGCAAGCAGGUGCCCUGUGUCGGCGUGAGCAUCGGCAUCGAGCGAGUCUUCUCCAUCAUGGAGGCCAAAGCCCAGGCAAAAGCAGAGAAGAUCAGGACAACAGAGACGGAUGUACUAGUAGCCUCCGGUCAACGCGACAUGCUGGAGGAGAGGUUAAAACUCUGCACGGAGCUAUGGGAUGCUGGAAUCAAGGCAGAGAUGAUCUACAAGAAGAAUCCCAAGAUGCUGAACCAGUUUCAGCUGGCGGAGACGACCGGCAUCCCUCUCAUAGCUGUCAUAGGGGAGGCUGAGCUGAAGAACGGAACGGUGACACUCAGAAACAUGGAAACAAGAGCAGAGGAGCAGAUACCACGAGCUGACCUGAUAUCAGUCAUCAAGGAACGGUGCAGACAGAUAUCAUCCUCAUGAGUAGCGUUUUAUCUUAGAAUUAAAAAUUUUCCUUAGUGUCAACUUGGAACUGUGUUACCUUGUUUAACAAGAUGACAUUUGCUUUACGGAAGUUACGAACGGUGUCUGGUUGAUGUCCAUAGCAGCUUGCCUUACUCUUAGGAAAAUUGAAUUGUUUGGGGCAAGAAGAGUAUAACAUGAUGCAACUACUGUACGCAAUAUUCUGUGAAGAAUAUUUUGUAAGGGUUUCACAAUUUAAAGUAAAGCUCAUUACUAUUAUAGACAUAUUUAUUCCUCAGUCAUUUUACUGAUCCCACCAUCUUUGCUAAAAAUGAUUUCCCAGAGUAGUAAAGCAUUGUUGAUGGGACACUGUAAAAAUUUUCACCAAACUGUGUCACUUCCUUAGUAUUUAAUCUAAAAUUGCACAAGAUAUCUUCCCCAGUAAUGGUAGCACUUGACACGCAUCAUUGUCAUCUGCUUUUCUUCUCGGCACUUGUAUAAAGAGUUGGCAUAAUGACAUAAUAAAACUCUGCUAUUUUACAUUUACGUUUAUAUUUCACCAAACUCUGUCACUUCCAUAGUGUUUUAUCUAAAGUUGCCCCAAAAUGUAUUGUUUCUGUUGGUCCAAAGGGAGCUUUUCAGUCUGUUGUUGUUUAGCAAAUAUGGAAAUAUCUGUGCAAAUAAAUGAAACAAUAAUUGUCAGGUCUGAUCACUGGUCAUAUAAUUAUGUCACAGUAGAUACAUGUUGCGACUAUAGCUAAAUAAUAAAAGAAACCUCAUGGAUGGAUGUAAUUUGAAACAUUAACAUCUUUUCGUUUUUUAGUUUUAAAGAUGGUUUGGUAAAAGACAGAAGUUCUCAGGAUUCUCGUUUUUUCGAUCAUGAUUGCAAUUGUAUAGUUCAACUCGUCAAUGCUUUCAUUUCUAAGAAAGAUCAGUAUCUGUUUCUUUGCAUGUUCUAAACUGUGCACAUUUUUUUUUCAUAAAUUGUCUUUAAAAUAAAAGUUUACCCCCAUGUGGAAUAUUAGCAGAUGGUUAUUGUAGUGGAUUUUUAUCUGUGAUGGCACAGAAUUUGCCUUUUGUGGGAAAUAAAACUUUCCUUUGUGGAAAUUCUUAAAACACA